AUGACAAAUCCUAGAGAGUAUAAUAAUGUUAGUGCUAUGACAACGAGAAACGGUAAAUCUCAUAAAGUCCUUGAGGAGAAAGUCGAAGAUGAAGAUCAAUUACUUGAAGUAGAUCUUGAGAUCAAGGAAAAUGAAGUUGUGAGGGAAGAAUUGGUUGCACCUAAAAAAGUGGUGAAAGAAAAAGUCAUUGAACCAAAACCGCUCAUUAAGCUUCCCUUUUCCACCAGAAACAAGAAAAAGGGGCAACAUGAGAAAAACUUUGAGAAGUUCCUAGAGUUGUUCAAGAAGAUAGAAAUCAACAUUCUGCUUUUGGAAGCACUUGAACAAAUUCCGACCUAUGCAAAAUUCAUGAAAGACAUCAUUUCUAAGAGGCGAACCAUUGACACCAACCCGAUUAUUCUAACCAAAACUUGUAGUGCUAUUUUGCAGGGUAUGAAAAUUCCAAUGAAGAAGAAGGAUCGAGGAGCUGUCACUAUCCCUUGCACCACCAGAGAUAGGUCAUUCAAAAAAGGUCUUAUUGAUUUAGGAGCCAGUGUGAGUCUCAUGCCGCUAUCCAUUUACAAGAAACUGGGUAUAUGGGUUGUGCAAGAUACCAUGAUGACACUUCAACUCGCCGAUCAUUCAUUUAAGAAACCUUAUGGGAUAGUUGAAGAUGUUCUAGUGAAGAUUGACAAGUUUGUAUUCCCGGUGGAUUUCGUGAUUCUAGAAAUGCCUGAGGAUGGAGAGAUUCCUCUCAUUCUUGGGAGACCCUUUUUAGACACUAGAGGAUGUUUGAUCAACAUAGAGGAAGGUAUUAUGACUUUGAAGGUUUAUGAUGAGGAGUUAAAAAUUGAUGUUAGAAACACCAUGAAAUAA